AUGAUGCGUAUCAAGCAUAUUCGUGCACCGGUCGUCAGCAAGCUCAAACGCAAGGCCGACACCGACGUUCCCACCUGUAUGAAUGGCCGCCCAACCAAACGACACCAGAUCGUCGACGACAGCCUGAUUGAAGGCUUUGCCAAGCUCCUUGCCCAACGCUACCUCGACGGCCUUCCGCAAGAGAUCCUCCUCAACAUCUUCCAGCACUUUGCCGAGCCCUGGGUCCUGACCGACGGCCUUGCCGACUGGGAGGUGUACAUGCUCGACCGAGAGAGCAGGAUCAGGCAGCAGACCCUCAUCUCACUCACCAAGACAUGCCGCCGCCUCAACCUGCCUGCUACGAGCAUUCUCUAUCGAUGCGCCCACCUUCCGACGCACAGGUCGGUCCUCCACUUCCUCAACUCCCUUCGCAUCCAGCCGAACCUCGCCGAGCUGGUCAAACAGAUCUCAUGCCCCCACGAGGUUCUGAUGUCUCUCACCUACGCGUUAAUCCGACCCCCUGGCGACGAAAGCUCGUCCGGCACCGCACUCGUCCGUCGAAUGGGAUGUUCGAUCGGAAUUCCACGCGACGUUGAUCAGCCUUUCCAGUGGUACUACGCGUACUACCGCAUUGCUGUGCACCGCAAAGUCCUUGACUGGAUUUUGGAACGCGCACCAGGAAUCAGGGCUCUCUCGGUGACCUGUCACAGCCCAUGGCACAGGAGCCACCCGAUCAGCCACCUGCCGCUGGAGCAUCUCUCAAAGCUGAGCAUCGCCAUGCCAGCCCAGCCCGAGGCCUUCAUGAGGGACCCGAGUGGUGAAUACCCCAUAGUAACAUGGCUGACUAAAUCUGCCCUCGGCCAGUACCGUGCCCUCAAGCAGCUGGAGCUCCUCCACCCUCGCGGGAAAUGGAUUGCCCGUCUCGUGACCGUCGAGGCUACCGCCGAUCCAGGCUCCAAUUGCAUCGAGAAGUACGUCGAGUCGCUGACGACACUCAGGCGGACCGGCGGCGCAUUCGCCGAGUGGGACCUCUUGAGCCUGCAGCAAGACAUCUUCAGCCCAGCGCACUUCCACACUCUCGACUACGCGGGCCAGAGCCGGCGAUGCACAGGAGCCUGCUCAAAGAUCCAGGCGUCUGGCUGGGACAUCAACCGCUUCCUAGCGACCACGGGCCGGGGCACCAGACAACUGGAUCUCGACUGGGAGAACGACCACAUCCAACUGGGCCAGCUGGGGCCUACGGGCACACUCACAUCGCUCCCGAUGCUCGCGAACCUGACCCACCUCACCGUGUCGAUGCAGGUCCUCUUCCAGCAGCAGUUCAUCUUCUACAACCAGCUCAACACCAUCCUCGACGACCCGGGCGCCGAGCUCGCGCGCAUGUUCCCGCCCUCCCUGCGCGUCCUCCGCAUCAGCGAGUUCAUGCUCGGCGUGCUGCGGCCCCGGGACCCGGGCGCCGAGGACCGCAGCGUCGGCAGCUACAACGGCCUGCUGUUCCGGUUCGUGGAGCUCCUGCGCGCCCACUGGCUCGACGCCCGCGGCGACAGGGAGCUGUGGUUCAGGUACUGCCUCAGGCUGGAGCGCCACCCGCGCAUGGCCGGCGAGAGGUCGCGCUGCAUGCUGAGGUGGCUCGUCAGCCCCCAGCGGCACCAGGACGUGGGCAGGGGGUUCGCGCGCGUGUGGCGCAUGCUUCCUCCUUGUGCUGCUGCCGUCCGCGAGCGGGGCGAGGCGAGAUGA